UUCACACUCACCUACAAUACAGUCCAGCCUUGCUGCUUCUCCUGCUGCUGCCUCAGCUGCCUGCAAAGGACCUGACUUAGUACAUACUAUAAGGGGGAUUUCACAUUCUAAAGGUGGAAGGCUGGGAAACAUCUGGAGGCUGCAGAAGAAGACAUCCAAAACUAUUCUCCAACAAAAAAAACUCAACAAAACUAAGUUUUCUGCCAGGUGUAUGGGACAUAGGUAUUCAAGUACUGCACUGAACUUCUAAGGAAAACUAUGACCACUUUAUUAUUAGUGUUCGUGUGUUUGCGUGUCAUCGCUGCAGCAAUAUCAGAGGAGCUUUCAGACCAUACUCACUCAUUGAGUGUAAGUAUACCGGCAGAAGCUCCUCUGACCUUUCAACUAGGACAGUCAAUUACCAUCCCCUGCUACUUCAUCAAUGCUUUGGAACACGUGACCGUGGCCCCCUCAACAGCUCCAUUGACACCAAGAAUCAAAUGGAGCAGGCACAACAAAGGACGAGAGACGGUUCUACUGGUAGCCAUUGAUGGUCAAAUUCGUGUGAAUGAAGCCUACAAAGGACGUAUUUCAAUGCCAAAUUAUCCUCUCAUCCCUACUGAUGUCAGUUUGGAAAUUGUAAAUCUAUUGUCUAGUGAUUCAGGAAUCUACCGUUGUGAGGUCAUGCAUGGAAUUGAGGAUAGUCAAGACACAGUACAAGUCAAUGUGAAAGGGAUCGUUUUCCACUAUAGAGCCAUCUCCACCAGAUACACCUUGGACUUUGAAAAUGCCAAAAAAGCCUGUAUUCAGAACAGUGCCACUAUUGCUACACCAGAGCAACUCCAAUCUGCAUAUGAUGAUGGAUACCACCAGUGUGAUGCCGGUUGGCUUUCUGACCAGACUGUACGUUACCCAAUCCAUAGUCCACGUGAACCAUGCUAUGGUGAUAAAGAAACCUUUCCAGGAGUUAGGACAUAUGGUGUUCGAGAUACUGAUGAAACCUAUGAUGUAUAUUGCUAUGCUGAAGACAUGCAAGGUGAAGUCUUCUAUGCAACAUCUGCUGAAAAGUUUACUUUUGAUGAAGCAGAAAAGCAAUGCCAAGACCUAGGAGCCAGGCUUGCCACUACGGGAGAACUCAAUCUGGCUUGGCAAACUGGCAUGGAUGUGUGCAGUGCAGGUUGGCUGGCCGAUCGCAGUGUUAGGUAUCCAAUUGCCUUUCCACGUCCCAACUGUGGCGGAAACUUAGUUGGAGUCAGAACAGUUUAUCUCCAUCCUAACCAGACUGGAUAUCCAGAUCCACUUUCUCGUUAUGAUGCUAUCUGCUACAAAGAUGAUGCUGACAACAUUACCAUUCAAACUGUGACACAGCCUGGCCUGACCCUCAUCUUCCACCGGAAUGUUACUGAAGAGGAAGCUCGUGGCAUUACUCCUUUAGAAGGACUAGACUUCACCCUCACACCUUCUGAAGAUGGCUUUACAGCAACUCCCGAAUUCCCUGGAACACCUAUUAGUCAAGACCUUCUGCCAACAGGAGAAAACAUCACAGAAGAUGGACUUCAGCUAUGGUUGGAAAAUAUCACAGCUGUUCCUUCCAUUGAAGUCACUGGCACAGCAGAAGAGGAAAUCUUACCAGUUACUGCAGCUAUUGAUGUCGCUGAGCCAGGAAAACCAAUAUCUGACACUGGUGUUGUGUUCCAUUACCGAGCUGGAUCCAGUCGAUAUUCCCUCAACUUCACCCAGGCCAAGCAGGCUUGUCUGGACAAUGAUGCUGUUAUUGCAUCUGCUGCUCAGCUCCAGGCUGCCUAUGAAGCUGGUUUCGAUCAAUGUGAUGCUGGGUGGCUAUCAGAUCAGACUGUCAGAUACCCCAUUGUGAAUCCUCGUGAGAACUGCCAUGGAGAUAAGAAUGGAUUCCCAGGGGUGAGGAAUUACGGAGUUAUGGAUGCAUCAGAAGAUUAUGAUGUAUACUGUUAUACUGACAAGCUACGAGGUGAAGUGUUUUUUGUAACCCAGCCAGAUCAAUUCACUUUGCAAGAAGCAGCUGAAUUUUGUCAGAGCAAGAAUGCCACACUAGCUUCCACCGGCCAACUUUAUGCUGCCUGGAGAUUGGGAUUUGAUAAGUGCAGAGCAGGGUGGCUGUCUGAUGGUAGCGUUCGUUACCCUAUCGUGACACCACGUAAAGUUUGUGGAGGUGGAAAAGCUGGAGUAAGAACGGUCUAUGUGCAUCCAAAUCAGACAGGAUUUCCCGAUCCUGUAUCAAAACACCAUGCCUUUUGUUUCAGAGCCUCCAUAUUUGAAGAAGAUGAAAUUCUAAUAGAAAAAGUGGUACCUAUUUUGGAGGGGCUGCCUUCUGGGGAACCAACUCUGGAACCAGUGAUUGCCACUGAGUUUGAAAACGAGACAGAUUUCUGGCUGACAAAUGUCACUGCUCUUCCCACUGUUGAAAUACUAGAAACAGUGCAUCCUUCAGCUAUUCCCCCCUUGAGCGUUAUUCCAGAAGUUGUAAGUGGAGAUGCAUCUGUUGAAAUCAGCGGAGUUAGUGGCAUCUCAUCUGGUGAAGUAUCUGGAGAAAUCAGUGGAGAUGUAUCUGGAAUUUCUGGAAUUAGUGGAGAACCCUCUGGGAUAGAAGCAAGUGGGUUGCCUUCUGGAGUUGAAAUCAGUGGGGAGCCAUCUGGAAGUGGACUGCUAUCUGGUUUUGACCUUUCUGGAGAAACAAGUGUUAGUGGUCUUCCAUCUGGAGACGUUUCUGGUGAAUUACCAUCAGGUGCAUUUGAAGCUAGUGGUCUGCCUUCUGGUUUAUCUUCUGGAGAUGAAAGCAUAUCUGGAUCAGCUUCAGGAAUCCUAGACACUAGUGGACUGCCAUCAGUAGAUAUAAGUGGAGACAUUUCUGGUGUGGCAUCUGGUAUUGAACUAGUUAGUGGUUUACCUUCAGGGCUAGAGUUUUGGAGUGGAGAUAUUAGUGGACUGUCAUCAAGCAGUGGAGAUUUCAGUGGACUGCCAUCAGGGUUUCCAACAAUUAUUCAUGUGGAUACAACUUGGAUAGAAAGUGCAACAAAAACACCAGAAACAGAAGCAGAAGGCAAAGGUCUAACUGAAUUCAGUGCAUCAGGAGAGCUAUCUGGGUUACCAUCAAGUGAUUUCAGUGGCAUAGCUUCAGGUCUAGAAAUCAGUGGUGAUUUUUCUGGAUUAGACAUUAGUGGACAACCUUCUGGAUUCUUUGAUGUAAGUGGAGAUGUCUCAGGUCUUGAUGUUAGUGGAUUUCCAUCUGGAUUCUCUGGAAGUAGUGGAGACCUUUCAGGCCUACCAUAUGCAAGUGGGGAUUUUUCUGGUAUUAGUGGUGAAGCAUCGGGAAUAAUUGAUAUCAGUGGUGAAGUAUCUGGAAUAAGUGAUAUCAGCGGCGAUAUAUCUGGAUUAUUAGAUAUUAGUGGGGAUUUUUCUGGUAUAAGUGGUGAAAUCUCUGGAGCAUUCGACAUUAGUGGACAUCCAUCUGGAAUACUUGAUAUCAGUGGUGUGAGUUCUGGUAUUUUUGAUGAAAGUGGUGAAUCAUCUGGAGUUACUCUUAUAGAUGGACGUUUAACGGAACUUUUCAGACCAUUAGACAGGGAAGUGGAAGGACAGGGGUCAGUGGAAACUAGUGGUUUGUUUUCGGGUGAUUUCUCGGGUGAAGUAUCUGGAAUUUCUGGCAUUAGUGGUGAACCAUCAGGCUAUAUAGAGAGCAGUGGUUUUGUAUCUGGAGGCAUUCCUAGUGGAGAGGUAGACAUCAGUGGACUCUCAAGUGGUGUUGACUUUAGUGGAGACACAUCUGGAAUUGGAUUUGUUAGUGGUUUUGCAUCUGGUAUUGAAGACCUAAGUGGACUUACAUCAGGAAUCCCUACAAUAUCUCAUAUAGAUUUUACUUUAGUAGAAGCCCCAACAACAGGACCUUUUACAGAGGAGGCAGGUCAGGGACCAUCAGGAAUGUUUGAGAUUAGUGGAUUUCCUUCUGGAGAAGCAUCUUCAGGGACAUCUGGACUUCGUGAUUUAAGUGGAGAGCCAUCUGCCACACAAGAAAGUGGAGACAUUUCCGGAUUUACUUCAGGGCUUCCUGAAAUCAAACUAAUAACUGAUGAUUUAAUUGAAGCUGCUACCAAACCGACAGUUUCACAAGAGUUAGGUGGUGUGACUGUUCCAUACAUUAUCGAAAGCUCUGCUUCUGGGGAUAUUAGUGGUGAGGCACCACUUUCUGUUCCUGAAGUAAGUGGAGAUCCAUCUGGAAUUCCAUUGACAAGUGGUGAACCUGUUGAUGGAAGUGUUGACACAUCUGGUUAUCAAACUGUUUCUUCACAAGAUUUGUCUGGUGAAACAUCAGUACCUGACAUAAUUAUUAGCACAUCAAAACCAGAAUCUGAGUUAACAAUUGUCUCAAAGGAACCUGAGGAAGCAAAAAAAGACACUGAACUAUCUACGUCUGCAUCAGGAGAUAUUAUGGAUGAGGUAGAACCUCUGACCCCAGCACCAUUGAUGGAAGCAACACCACAAGUUCUUCCUGAUGUAAAUUAUGUUGAAGGAAUUAUUGGGAAAUGCACAGAUAUCCAGUGUGGAACUGGAACAUGUGUAGAAAAUACAGGGCGAGUACACUGUCUGUGUCCACCAGGAUAUGGAGGAGACAGCUGCGAUAUAGACAUUGAUGAGUGCCUCCCAAGCCCUUGUGUGAAUGGAGCUACCUGCGUUGAUGGCAUCGACUCAUUCAAAUGCUUAUGCCUUCCCAGCUACGGAGGGGACCUAUGUCAGAUCGAUCUUGAGAUGUGUGAUGAAGGAUGGACCAAAUUCCAAGGACACUGCUAUAAACACUUCUCAGAAAGGGAAACCUGGGUGGAUGCAGAAAACCUUUGUCGUAGCCAUCAGUCACAUCUAUCUAGCAUCUUGACCCCUGAAGAACAAGAAUUUGUGAAUGGCAAUGCACAAGACUAUCAAUGGAUCGGACUCAAUGAUAAAACUCUCGAGAAUGACUUCCGUUGGUCUGAUGGCAGUCCUAUGCUAUAUGAAAAUUGGAGACCAAACCAGCCAGAUAACUUCUUUGCCACAGGAGAAGACUGUGUGGUGAUGAUCUGGCAUGAGAGAGGCGAAUGGAACGAUGUGCCCUGCAAUUACCACCUUCCAUUUACAUGCAAGAAGGGAACAGUGGCUUGUAAUGAUCCUCCAGCGGUUGAGAAUGCUCACACAUUAGGAAGACAGAAGGAGCGAUAUGAAAUCAGCUCACUAGUUCGAUACCAGUGUAACCAAGGUCUUCUUCAGCGUCAUGUUCCUAUAAUUCGGUGCCUACCAAGUGGGCAGUGGGAAGAGCCAAGAAUACAGUGCAUAGAUCCUUCCACUUACAGACACAAGAGAACCCUUAGACGUCGAUCGAAAUCCACUAACAGAGUUGCACAGAACACGACCCAUUAAAAGAAAAAGACAAAAAAAAUUUAUUGUAAAGAACAUUUAUAUUAACAAUGUCAAUUUCUUUUUGUUUUGUCAUAUAAGGAGUUUAUAUUGAAGAAAAUCCCAAGCUGUAUAUAUAAAAAAAAAAAACACCAAAGCAAAUUAGGUUUCAGAAUUGUAACUUAUGGUCAAAGAAGUGCCUUUGUCAGGGAUCAUGUUGUGCCUUUCUUAAUGGAGGGUGGAAGAGUUGAGUGGAAAUAGGACAAGGCUACGUGAAGCCAUAAAGACUUUCUCCCCCCUGCCUUAACUAAAUAUAAUGUGAUAAUAAUGUAAUAUUUUAUUAUUUAAACUCCAGGCUGGCCGAAUUUAAUAAAAAAAUAUAAAUAUAGAAACAAAUACAUUGCACAUUAAGGACCUUAAAUUAAAAAAUAAAUUGUGAAAAAUCGCUGAAUGUAUCUCAAAUGUGAGAGGACAAAGGGGUGGGGUGGGUGAGAGAUGGAGAAGACAGAAUGUCCACGUAUGUGCUUGAACUGUGUAAUGGUAUCUGAGCUACAAGCAGUAGGCACAUUUCAUAUGUGUUACCAUGAAUAGUCCUCUCCCACUGUACUCAAAGGUUACCAAGGUCAUGCUCAGAAAGCUUUUGCUGGAGUACAUGUUAUAGAUCUGUAUGGACCUACCAUAGAGAUAAGCUUGUUGUCAAGACAAGACCUUUCAGGGGAGGCUUCUGCUAUAAAGGAUUCAUUCAUGCAUGGCCCAACGCUGCUCAUCUAAUAGAUUCUUACUUCAUAUGUAUAAGUAUGCUCUGAAAUUUUUGCACACACAUUAUAUACUAACUCUGCACUUAAGUAACAAUGCACUUAACUAGUCUUUACAGUUUAUUUCUUUCCUUAUGUAUGGAUGAGUCAAUUGGACAAGCCUUUGUCUUGUCACCCAUCCUUUAUGUAUAUCUAUUCAUAGAUGUCUUCUACAAUGCAAUGCUUCUUGUCUGUGCAACUGUUAUGUUGGCAAAUUAUGAUACUAUUAGGAUAUAGCUUGGCAUGCCCUGUAAUGUGCAAAUCUAUUGGACCACUGGGACACCCUGUGGAUUUGUGAAAUGCUUGACAAAGGCGUGUCUGUGUCUCAUAAAUCAUCCAUAACCUUGAAUGCAAGAUAUCAUAUCUAUGAUACACCUAGGCCAAUGCCAUGUUCUAUCAUGUGGCUGAAUGAAAUCUGCAGUGGGGCCUACUAUAGCUCUAUAAUAGGGCGAGGACUAUUACUAGAACGUGGACAGGUUUUCUGAAAAAUGAUAACACAAUCCACCAGCACUCUACUUCCCCUGCAUUGCCAGCUGUGCCUGUGUCUCUUUAAUAGAACCUCAUGACUCCCCGUAGUAGGACUGAAACAGUUUGCUUCUAUUUCCCCACCUUUGCUCCGGGGACCGUGCAGUGCAUGACGUUUCCGUGCACCUAUUUAUAUUAAAAAAUUAUGUAAUGUUAUUAAAAAAUACAAUUGGAAUACUAAGUUCUAUUUUUUAUUUAAAUGGAGUUGCAAUAUUCUCCUAGAGUUCUGGAGGAGCCUCUAUUUGUAAUGUCAGGUACAACAUUUUCUAUAUAUAUAUUUUUUUUUGUAAAAAGCAAAGCAAAUAUUGUAUAAAACGUGCAUAGAGAGAAGACAGAGUAAAGAAUGUGUAACAUCAGAAAAAAAAAUUGUGAAAUGUGCAAAAUAAAAAAGCAAAACCUGUUGUAUUUUAUUUUACUGGAUUUGCCGUGAUCUAUUUGGGCCAAGGUAUGAAUAUGCUGCCAGGCAAAGGUGUGUGAAUACUGUGUGUAUAUUGAGUGACUUACAAACUUUGAUACAAAGACUUAGUGUUCGGGCUGUGCCAAAGUGUUUUUAUUCCGGUAAUAGGCGAUACUUGUCUAUUUAUGGUCGUCUGGAACCCACAGGAAAGGUAGUUAUUUCCCCAAAUAUUUCAAUUUGGAUUCUGAACAGCUUGGUUAACCUUUUGAAGUCACAUUCCAUAUGGACAAGUCCUAUAAUGAAGAUGUUUACAAAAUGCAGCAAAGCUAACUUAAAAAUAAACUUUAUCAUUUCAUUUUUGAACUUGGUAAAAGAAAUGGUUUGGAAAUGAUUACCAUUGAAUUUUAUCUGCCUCCUUGUGGCAUAUUUGCUUUGUGGAACACAAGUGCAUUUGGACUCUCACUAUAGUAAGACUUGGUGGGCAUCUGCCACUGCUUUUAAUUCAGUAAUGUUUCAUUGUUAACCCAUAGUACUGCAGACAAAUUGUUAUGCUAUACUUGUAUGUGUCAAACAUACUCUCAUGACACUCCUCACAGACUUCAUACACUGAAAGCCAAUGGA